AUGCAUCACUUUGCUACUCAGACGAUUCGAGUUCUUUUCCCUCUUGCCCCGCCUGUCUUUGGUCAGACAUUGGUGGCCACUGCGCUGGAAACGCCGCAUCUUCUGCACGCACUUCUCGCAGCUUCGUGCAGUCAUCACGCUCGGCUUGUCCAGGAACCUUCAGCUAGUCAACUGACAAUCUUGAAAUUUACCGACCUCGCAGUUACGGGUCUCCGUGCUGCACUGGCUGAUCCUACCGAGACUCUCAAGCCUGAAACCGCCAUGACAGCGAUGGUAUUAUGUACCAAUGAUGUGUGUAAUGGCAAUGCUCGAACUUGGAAGGUCCAUUUGUCUGGGGUAAUGCAAUUACUCACGGCCUUGCUUGAGAGGCAGAGGACAGCCGACGGUGAUACUGACCCGUUUUCGUUGUGUCUUCUCAAGUGGUUCGCUACUCUCGACAUCCUGGCGGGCCUCUCAGGCACACAUGAAGGAUGUGUCAACGAUGGGCAGUACUGGAACCUGACUCGGAAUCCCAAUUGCGGCAAUGGCCACGUUGAUGAGAUCUGUGGCUACUCAACCCAGCUAAUGCCUCUGCUGGCGCGAAUCGGACAGCUGGCGCGGCGGAAUGUGCAUGAGCAGUCAAUAUUAGAAACCUUUACUGAGCCAUCCUCCGCCCUUUCCGAGGAAUUGACACAUGACGCGCAGGAUCUGGAGAGGAGAAUACUCUCCAUUGCCAACCAGGCUCCAUCAGCGGCCACGCUCGCCUCCCAUGAUCAAGUGCUCGCAUCUGAACUGCACAACACACAUCUCACCUUCAUCCACUCCGCACUUUUGCAUCUCUAUCGCCGAGUCGAACUGCUACCUAAACGUCAUGCUAAGGUCAGGGCGCAGGUCGCGGCCAUUCUUGACAACGUCCAGGCAAUCAGACCAUUCUCCCCGGCAAAUGUCCUCAUCCUGUGGCCCAUUUUUAGCGCCGGUUGUGAGACCAAUGAUCUUCGAGAGCGCCAAGCUAUCCAAACAAGGAUGGUGAAUAUGCAGACCAUGGGUAUGGGGAACUUUACUAGAGCAAGGGAUGCUCUUGCUCGUUAUUGGGAGUCGGGCGCAUCCUCGCGCUGGGACGUCUACUUUUCGCAGUCUGGGCUGGAACUAGUUCUCUUCUGA